UGAAGUAGUUUGUCUGUUCAGAUGUUGUAGUCGAUAGAGAAUUUGGUCAGUCAUGUGGCCUUCAUAUUUGCUGUUUAACAAGAGGGAAGAUGCCGAAGAAUCAGAUGAGGAGAAGUCUGAUUUGAUAGAAUCAUAUCGAUAUGAACAGUCACCGAGAGAUGUUAAAUGCCGUCUUUCUGCCUUGCCAUGCUCCCAUUUUGUUGAAGUCCCACACAUAAACCAGCUACAUUCUUGGGAUUGUGGCCUCGCCUGUGUUUUGAUGGUGUUUAGGACCUUUGGCAUUGACAGUUGUGAUAUUCAGACAUUGGCAGAUUUAUGUUGCACAAAUAGCAUCUGGACUGUUGAUCUAGCUUAUCUAUUACAAAAGUUCUCUAUUGAUUUUUCCUACUAUACUGUAACAUUUGGAGCAAACCCAAACUAUUCUGGCGAGACAUUUUACAAGGAGCAAUUACCUAAUGAUCUGGUGCGAGUUGAUACACUAUUUCAAAAAGCACUGGAAGCUGGAAUUAGGAUAAAGUGCAGGUCAGUCAGUCGGGAAGAAAUUUGUUUCUUGAUUUUGUGUGGAAAAUACAUUGCCAUAGUUUUGGUUGAUCAAUAUAAGUUGAGCCCAUUUAAUCAGGACAAUGUUAUCAUCUCAGACCUUUGUGGAAGCAACUCUGAUUACACAGGCCAUUAUGUCAUCGUAUGUGGGUAUGACACUGCUACUGAUGAGUUUGAGAUUAGAGAUCCGGCCUGUUCAAGGAAACAUGAAAGGGUAUCAUCAACGUGCUUAGAAGAAGCCCGUAAAUCUUUUGGUACUGAUGAAGAUCUUCUCUUGAUCUCUUUGAGGAAGAGUAGGAAGCCAGAUAGCCCCUCGAUACAACUAUCUCGGAAUGAUAAUGUUAAUUCCUGACAUGUAUUAUAUAUUGGUCCAGAAGAAAAGCAUAUAUCACAGGUUCUUCAUGUACAGCAUGUCUUACAAAGCAGAACAUUAUUUGUCUGUGGAUUAAUAUCCCAGUAUGGACCGGCCUAUUUGGGGACACUUGCACAGUAAUUAUACAUACCAAUUGAUAGUCUACCUUGUAAGUUGUAUCAAUUUUAUA